AUGCAGGCCGGGUCCGAAGUCCCCACGGCCCCUGCAGGGGCCCCCCCGCUGAAGAAGCACAAAGCCACAGGGGCCACCAAGCUGCAGCAGCCUUUCAAAGCCACGCGAGUCCUCCCUAAAGACAGCAGCAGCAGCAGCAGCAGCAGCAAUGGCAGCAGCAGCAGCAGCAGCAGCAGCAGCAAGGGCCUACUUCCCAAGGCCAAAAGCCCCUUCGCCCCCGCAUCUUCGCUGAAGUCUUUGGGCCCAAAUGCAGGGGAAAGUCACCGGAGGUCCUUCGGGCCUUCUGCUGCAGCUGCAGAAGCAGCAGGAGAGCAUGCAGCAGCAGCAGCAGCAGAAGCAGCAGCAGCAGCAACAGCUGCUUCUGCCACAACAACGGCGGCAGCAGCAGCAGCUGCUGCAGCACCGAGAACAGCAGCAGCAGCCGCCCCUGCGCCCAAAACAGCAGCAAAGGCUGCUGCUGCUGCUGCUGGAUCUGGGCCCCCCGAAGCAGCUGCAGCAGCAGCAGCAGCCGCCUCCGCAGCGCCAGCAGCAGCAGCAGCAGCAGCAGCAGCAGCAGCAGCAGCAGGGGAGGUAAUAGAUGUGGACGAAGACGAGCUGCCGCUGUGUCCUUUGCGCAAAACCCUAAAAAGGGUUUGGGGGUUUUCGGAGUUUCGAAAAGGCCAAGAGGAAGCUGUGAGGGCUGUGCUGCAGGGCAAAGACGCGCUAGUCAUCAUGCCCACAGGCGGCGGCAAGUCGCUGACUUACACGCUGCCUGGGCUGCUGCUGGAGGGCGUUGUGCUUAUUGUGUCUCCCCUGAUUGCCCUCAUAGAGGACCAGCUGCUGCUGCUGCUGCUGCAGCUCCGCCGCCUGCGUGCUCGAGGGCUUUCAGCUUUUUGUCUCAACUCGACGCUGACUCAGAAGCAGCGGCAGGAAAUCAUAGCGCGUCUUCUAAACCCUCAGCAGCAGCAGCAGCAGCAGCAGAAGCAGCAGCAGCAGCAGCAGCAGCAACAGCAGCAGCAGCCACAGGGGCCCAUUAAGUUUUUGUUUGUGACUCCGGAGCAAAUUGCCACCCCCUCUUUCCAAGGCGUGCUGCGGCAGAUGGAGCAGCAGCGGCAGCAAGUCAAGGAGCAGAGAAAGCAGCAGCAGCAGCAGCAGCAGCAGCAGCAGCAGCAGCAGCAGCAGCAGCAGCAGCAGAACGGAGGAGCAGGUGUGGCGCUUGUGGCUAUUGACGAGGCGCAUUGCAUUUCCUCUUGGGGUCACGAUUUCAGGGCCAGCUACAGGCGUUUGGGUUUGCUGCGGAGUUUGCUGCCGGAGACGCCGCUGCUGGCGUGCACUGCAACAGCAACAGCAGCAGUGCAGCAAGACAUCUGCAGCAGCUUGCGGCUGCGGCAGCCAGUGCUGGUGCGGCUUUCUUUCAACAGGCCGAACAUUUACUACGAAGUUCGACUGAAGAUGCCGGAGGCGGAGGAGGAGGAGGCGCUGGAGUGUACAGACAGGGAGCAGGAAACGGAAUAUGCUGCAGCAGAUUUGGCAAAAGAAAUAAAAAGAAAUCAUUUUAAUGAUUUAGGAAUUGUUUACUGCCUAAAGAAGACAGACUGCGAGACUCUGGCGCUGCUGCUGAGCCGCGCAGGAGUUGCUGCUGCUGCUUACCACGCGGGCCUUUCGGAGCUGCUGCGGCAGCAGCUGCAGCAGCAGUGGUUUGAGGCCUUCUACCAGGAGUCCGGCCGCGGCGGCCGCGACGGAUUUGCUGCUCGCAGCAUUUUAUAUUUUUCUCCUGCGGACUACCGGCUGCUGCAGUUCGUGCUGCAGCAGCAGCGGGAGCAGCAGCUCGCAGCAGCAGCAGCAGCAGCAGCAGCAGCAGCGGGCGCGCGGCAGCACAAAGACCUGCAGCAAGUCCAAAAGGCUGCAGCAGAGCAGCACGAAAGACAACUCCAAAAACUUAAGGCUUGUUUGUCUUACUGCCGCCUCGCGGGCUGCCGCAGGCGCUAUUUGCUGCAGCAGUUCGGCGAAGAAUACAGCCCUGCUGCUGCUGCUGCUGCUGCUGCUGCUGCUGCGGGGGGCACUGCAGCAGCAGCAGCGGGAGCAGGCGCUGCUGCUGCUGCGGCUCGCUGCUGCGACAACUGCAGCGACCCAGCAGCAGCGCGCCGCCGCGCGCUGCUGCUCAGCAAGCUGGAGGGGUCUGCUGCUGCUGCUGCUGCUGCAGCAGCAGCAGCAAGAAAAACUUUCUGGAGAGAUGCAGCAGACAGCAGAUUGGCUCCUUUAGAAAUUGAGCAGCAAGAAGUGCCUGACGGGGGCCGCCGGGGGCGGGGCCGCGUGGUGUACAAAAACCCAGCAGCAGCAGCAGCAGCAGCAGCAGCAAGAGCAGCAGCAGCAGCGCCGCAGCGGCAAGCCAUCCCCGAAAGCAUUCGCAAGAAAGGUUUGGCAGCUGUUAUGAAAGAACUCGAGAAAAGGGAGCAGCAGCAGGAAAGCAGCAGCAGCAGCAGCAGCAGCAGCAGCAGCAGCAAGAAGCACCACGCACUCUUUGCGGAGUUCCGGUCCGCAGCAAAAUUGUCCGCAGCGCCGUCGCCACCAGCAGCAGCAAAGCCUGCAGCAGCAGCAGCAGCUGCUGCUGCUACUGCAGCAAGACCAGCUGCUGCUGCAGCAAGACCAGCAGCUGCUGCAGCAAGACCAGCAGCUGCUGCAGCAAGGCCUCUGAAGACUCUGGGCCUCUGCCGGCCCAUUGGGCUGCAGCGGACUCGCCCCUCUCCGUAG